CUUCCAUUAAUCUUCCCAGGUUUGCAAUUGCAUACCACCAUGUGUGUCUUUGUUCUCCUAUAAAGCCUCUCGUCAACCAAUCUCGACUCUUGAUAGACCUAAAUUACAUACUGAAAGCAUCAAUGGAUAGCUCACAAGCUCCAUGGCGUUUACGCCUAGGAUCUGCUUUGCGGACUGUGCUAGCUUGUUCCAUAGUGGGUUGCACUACCCUCUACGGGCCGGAAUCUGUCCGGCAUACCAUAACGUUUCCUGCGUUUUCCUAUGUGACAACUAUCUUAAUAGUCUCGGAUGCUACACUUGGUGAUGCCCUGCGAGGUUGUUGGCAUGUUCUAUGUGCCAGCAUUCAAGUAAUACUGCCUUCUAUGUUGAUUCUCCGGUUGAUUGGACCAUCAAGGUUCAACUUUGGACUAGCUGCUGUAGCAGUGGCACUUAGUUCAUUCCUGAUCGCGUUACCUGGUUCCACGCAUUUGACGGCUAAGAGGAUUGCCUUCGGUCAGACUGUGAUUAUUUAUGUAGGUGCAGUUAUUCAAGGUGCAAAAACUGGAAUUAUCAUUCAUCCGAUUCAUGUCGCAGCGAGCACAGCUCUUGGCGCCGUGGCAUCUAUUCUAGCCAUGUUGUUUCCGUACCCUCACUUAGCCUACCGUGAGGUAAGAAAGAUAUGCAGAUUCUAUGCGGAGAAUGCUUCAAACAGGUUUAAUCUCUUAGUGGAAGCUUUUUGUGCAAAAGGGGACAUGGCAGCGCAUAAUUUAAUAACAGAUGCAAGGUUACUCUCUAAAGCAGGAGCCAAGCUAAUUGGAAGUAUCAAAGAUAAACAUGAAGGCAUGCUUUGGGAGAAACCAUGGUUGAGAUUCUUGAAACCAAAGCGCUCAGAUCCCGGAGAGAAACUGCAAGAGAUGGAUAUGCCGAUUCAAGGGAUGGAAUGGGCCUUAACCACUUGCACUUCCUUCCCCGUCAGGAUGAUGGACGAAGAGCUCGUAGAUGUUCUACAAAUUGAAAAGAAACAGAUCGCUCUAAAACUUGAGCAAGCUAUGCGUUCCGUGCCUUUUGAUGCAGCAACAACUCCAGAUAUGAAGGGAGAAAAUACUGACAGAUCUCCGUGGACCCAAAAAGCCAUUUCAACAAACCGUGAAGAUCUGUCAUCCUUCUUCUUCUUGUAUUGUAUGGAACUCCUACAAGACGGUCCUGCAUGCAUUUUAAAGAAUGGCGAGGAAGCUAAAAUACAAGAAUCGAGUCAGCCAAAGAAGCAAGGAAAAAGCAGAAUGAAACAGAUGCAGAGUUUCCACAGGGAAAACUUUGUUUUCGCAAUCAAGUGCUCACUUUCUCUAGGUCUCGCUGUGCUAUUCGGUUUGAUAUAUAACAAAGAGAACGGAUACUGGUCGGGACUAACAAUUGCCAUUAGUUUCGUAACAGAGCGACAAGCAACAUUUAUGGUGGCUAAUGCCCGAGCGCAGGGGACAGCCAUGGGAUCAGUAUAUGGAAUACUAUGCUGCUUUAUUUUUAAAAAGCUUACAGAUUUAAGGUUCUUACUUCUACUUCCUUGGAUCAUUUUCACCAGUUUUCUGAGACAUAGUCGCAUGUAUGGCCAAGCUGGUGGGAUUGCAGCGGUUAUAGCGGCAUCGCUGAUAUUGGGAAGGAAAAACUACGGCACUCCAAGUGAAUUUGCAAUUGCUAGAACCGCAGAAGCUACCAUCGGAUUACUAUGCUUCGUCGCAGUGGAGAUUCUGUUCCAUCCUUCAAGAUCUGCAACACUAGCAAAAACAGAACUCUCAAGGACCUUAAGAGCAGUUCAAGAUUGCUUUAAGGUAAUAAGUCUUCAUACUGAUCGAAAAGAAAAUUUGAUGGAACUAAUGCGAGAAAAGCAGAAGAAGCUGAAAUAUCAUGUCAGGGAACUGCAAAAUUUCAUUGCAGAAGCUGAAUUGGAGCCGAAUUUCUGGUUCCUGCCAUUUCAUUGUGGUUGCUACAAUAAGCUUCUAAUAUCUAUUUGCAAAAUGACAGAUUUGCUACACUUUACUAUCCAUCUAAUCGGAUUUCUCUCAGCAGCAUCCCAGAUGCUGGGAGUCACUUGGGAGGAGAUCCAAGAACAGAUAAAGAAUAUCCUAGAACAUCUCGUGGACAAAACAGGCUCUUUAUCAAAAUGCCUGGAUAAGGUAUUACUAGUUAAGUCUCUGGAAGAGAUUGAAAAACAGUUGCAAAUGGAAAGUGUAUCCCAAGACCUUGAGUUGGGAAAAUCACCAAAUGCAGAUGUCUCUACACGAUUGGGGUAUGAAGAAACCAGCAUUUCUGAGAUCGAAAAGUCUUUUCUUCAAUAUACAAUCAGAGUGGCAGAUAAGACCGAGCGUAAUGAAGUCGAAGAGAUGCUUAAGAGCCAAAUGGUUCUAUGUCUAAGCAGCCUAGGCUACUGUCUUAAUGAUUUGAAGAGAGAAGCCACAGAAACAGAGAAAGAAAUAGCUGAACUACUGAAAUGGGAGAAUCCAACAAGGCAUGUAAAUUUUCCUGAACUGUUAUCUAAGCUUCAUGCCACAUGAUAAAAAUACAAACUCACACGAAACCUGUCAAAUUGCAAGCCAUAUGAGGAAGCCUCAACGGUGACCCAGCUAUCUCUGGUUCAAUUUCAUUUUUCUCUGCAACUAGAUAAAAGAGACAACAAAAGUGAAUAUGUGAACUAGGCCUUUUCAAAGCCUAUGUAUAUAGGUAGCAAGGAGGUUUCAAUGCAAUUUGCAAAAAUUCUUCGGGACUUAUCCAAUCCGGAAAAGCUAUAUUCAGGAUAGUAUGGAUCAAGUGAUUGACCAUCCUCAGUUGAAAUGCCAUCCCCUCUUUCAGCUCCAACACAAUGCGAUGCUGCUAUACGUUUAAAGUAUUUGUGUAGGGAAAUCAUUUCCCCUAGUUGCUGCUAAAGCACUUAUGAAUGUAAAGAAUAAAAAUAUUUCUCAAACAAAUUUCAACAAUAAGAUGACAUUUAUAGCAACAA